UACGUGGUGAGGGGCGCUUGGAUUCCCCCGGGCUGAUGGCUCUAAGGGGCGAGAGCUGUGGGGGCCUCCGCCGAGGGUUAGGAAGGAUUCCGAGGAGGGGGUGUGUGGAGGCCGUGGGCGCUUUCAGCCCGGGGUCUCCGUGAAGUGGGAGUGGGAGGAGCGGGGCAGGUGUCCGGGUGCAGCCCCGGGGGCCCCUGUUUCUGGCAUCCCCUUUCCUCGCGCGCGCGUCCUCCACCCGCGGGAGCGGGGCCGUGGGGGCGGCCGUCUCGAGCAUGCGCACCGGCUUUGCACCGCGCGGGCGCGGAGUCGGGGCGCCGGGACGCGGGGCGGCGCGAAGCGGGGCCCUCUGCCGCCCCGCGCUCCCAUGUACGCCUUCUACUCGCUGCUCAUCUACAUCUUCUACAGCCUCUUCCGUAGGGAUGGCGGGGCUGCGGUGGCCAGCGACCCCGGGGACCCCGCCCAGAGUGCCGGUGGCAAGCCCGGGGGUCGCCGCCGCCCCGACCAGCCCACGGCAGAACUGUGGACCGAGCUGACAGGCCUGGUCGGCCUCACAGGCUGCUCUGAGUCUGAGGAUGGGCCGGAAGAGGGAGCCGAGGGCCGCUCUACCGAGGUCUCCCUGGAAGAGGCUCUCGUGCGUCUUGCUGAGUUCCUCUCCGUCCAGCUGGGGGCGGAAGAGAGCUGCCGGAACCCUGACCUGAGCAAGCCGAGCGAUGUCCCCCCACUGUUGACGGUGACCGGUCAGCUCUUGGCCCUCCUGGCAUGGAUUCGGAGCCCCAGGGGGAGGCAGGCCCUGCCCCAGGGUAUUCAUCCAGCCUCGGAGGUGCAGCCUCCCACACCUGCUGGAUCCCCACCUCAAGAAGAAAGCCCUUCCCUUUCACCAAGGGGUGAGGCCCAAGGGCAGAACCCUCCCCAGUUGGAGGAGGACCAGAGAGCUUGGCAGCGGCUGGAGCAGCUCAUCCUUGGACAGCUAGAGGAGCUGAAGCAGCAACUCGAACUGCAGGAAGAGGAGCUGGGCCGCUUGCGCCUGGGCGUGGGGGCGACAGACUCAGAGAAAAGGGUUCAGCAUCUAACCCUGGAGAAUGAGGCUCUGAAACAGAGCCUGAGCCUCACUCGGGACCUUCUGCUGCACUGGGGCCCUGGCCCCUCCACCAGGGCCCCCCAGGAGGAGGCAGAGGCAUUGGUGGAGCUCCAGAGUCGGCUUCAGGAAGCCCAGGACACCACAGAAGCACUUCAGGUCCAGCUGGGGGUGCAGGAGGUGCAGCUGCAGGGCCUUCGGGGGGCCCUUCGGCAGCUCCAGCAGGAGACUGAGCAGAACUGCAGACGGGAGCUGCAGCAGAUGCUUGGGCAGCUGGCAGGACUUCGGGCACGUAUGGCCAGUCUGCGACAGGGCUGUGGGGACCUCCGAGGACUGGUCAGCACAUUUACCCAGAGCUGUCAGUGUUCGCUCAGUGAGGCCCGGGGCCAGGUAUCCUGGGCCCUGGGGGCUCUGUCAGCUGGAGGGGCUGGGACUCAGCUCCCUGAGGAGCAGCAGGGGCCCCCAACUGGAUGCCCGGGGCGGCUGCUGGAGCUCAAGGGAAAUAUCCGUGUGCUGUGUCGACUGAGGCCAGGGACACCCUCCAGCCUGGUGAGCUUGGAGCCUGGCCCCAGCGGCACUGUCACCACCUGCUAUCGAGGGCGCCAGCGUCGCUUCCGCCUGGACUGGGUCUUCUCUCCAGAGGCCAGCCAGGAGGAGGUCUUCAGGGAGCUGGAGCCAGCCGUGCUGUCCUGCCUCCAAGGCUACAGUGUCUGCAUUUUCACCUACGGUCAGACAGGGACAGGGAAGACCUACAGUAUGGAGGGCCCACCAGAGGACCCUGGCAUAGCUCCUAGGGCACUGCAGUCACUGUUCCAGGAGAUGGGGACUGAAGGGCAGCACCGUGUGACUCUCAGCAUGGUGGAGAUCUACAAUGAGGCUGUCAGGGACCUCCUAGCCCCAGGGCCUCCUGAGCGCCUGGCCGUGAGGCAGGGCCCAGCAGGCCAGGGGGGCAUUCAGGUGGCUGGCCUCACCUACUGGGACGUGCCCGACCUGGAGAUGCUUCACCAGAUGCUGAGCCUGGGGAGGAGCAACCGGGCCACCGCCGCCACCACCAAGAACCCGCACAGCUCACGGUCGCAUGCCCUGGUCACACUGACACUGCGUACGGCGUCCCCACCGCGCGGUCCAGGCACCGCAGGCACACUGCACCUGGUGGACCUGGCCGGAUCGGAGCGUGCCUGGAAGGCAGGGGCGGCCGGCCCGUCGCGCGGAGACCGAGACGGCGCCCAGCGUCUGCGGGAGGCCCGGACUAUCAACCGCUCGCUGCUGGCCCUGGGAGGCGUGAUGGCCGCGCUGCGCGCCCGCCGGCCCCACGUGCCCUUCCGCGAUUCGCAGCUCACGCGCCUGCUGCAGCCGGCGCUCGGGCCUGGCGCCACCGCGGUGCUGUUGCUGCAGAUUUCCACGCGGCCCGAGGAUCUCGGCGAGACCGUGUGCUCGCUCAAGUUCGCCGAGCGAGUGGGCCGAGUGGAGCUGGGGCCAGCCCGGCGCUGCAGGGCCCCGCGCUCCGGGACGCCCUCUUCGCUCAGCACCGACACGCCACUUACCGGGACCCCCUGCACUCCUACGCCGUCCCCCGGCAGCCCUCCGGGACCCGGCCCGGGCAGCGGCUCCAGCUCGGGCCUCGGGACCCAAAAGGACGCGCCCUUGUAGUUUAGCCCCCCUGGAGUUGGAGUCCGCCUCUGCCGGCAGAGGCAGCAAAUCUCUUACGCCCUCACAACCUCCUCGAUCUCUGGGGGGGGGGGGGGGGGGGGGCGCUGCCCCCCCCCCCCCAGAGUUGGCUCCCCUGCCCCCGCGAGGAGUAUCAAGCCUAGGGGCGUGCUUGGCCCUCCCUCCCCCAGGCCCUCAGUUUCCUCCUUAUCACCAUUUGCUGUUAUCUCGGCCCACAGCAGGGGAUGAGAGAGCCCUGGGAGGUAGACCCCCGACGACCAAGUGCUUACCCUCCAGAUCACCACCCCAUCACCAAAAAUCAGACUUGGCAUUAAAAUGUUGUCUACUCCUUUACUGUUAUCUUCCCCACUACCACCACCCAAAACGAGUAGGGUCUUGAUUUCUUUUCCCCAAAAAGGUGCUACCUCAUUCCCAGGCAGAUGAGGGAGGACAGGACAGGCUGGAGCCACCAUUAGGUUCUCCCUCCCCCAGCGUGGAGCCAGGGAGAGGAAGUGACACAUGGUGAUGGAUGGAUGGAAGGAAGGAUGGACGGACAGAGAGGGUCAGAGAAAGUGGGAUCAGGAAGGGGCUGCAAGCAAAGUCCCCACUCUUUCCAGCCUUGCCUCUGGGGGUAGGAGAGGCAUGACGGACCCUGGGGGUCAGGGUGGUGCCUAGCCAGACCACCACCUUUGUGGGGUAGUCCAAUAAAUAUCGUGGAUUCUCAGCA